CUGUUGCUUUGUUUUAAUUUUCAACAUAGUCCCGUGGUACUAGUAUAAUUCUCCUUUAUGGCAGCGGUCCUCAACCUUUUUGGCACCAGAGACCAGUCGUGGAAGACAGUUUUUCCACAGUCCCGGGGAGGGGUUGGGGAGGAAUGGUUUCGGGAUGAUUCAAGCACAUUACAUUUAUUGUGCACUUUAUUUCUAUUAUUACUACAUUGUAAUAUAUAAUGAAAUAAUUAUACAACUCUCCAUAAUGCAGAAUCAGUGGGAGCCCUGAGCUUGUUUUCACUUCCCACUCACUGAUAGGGUUUUGAUAUGAGUCUGCAAGCAGUUGAUUUAUUAUGGUCUCUGUGCAGUCAGAUCUGUCUGCUAAUGAUAAUCUGUAUUUGCAGCCGCUCCCCAGCGGUAGCAUCACUGUCUCAGCUCCACCUCAGAUCAUCAGGCAUUAGAUUCUCAUAAUGAGCGUGCAACCUAGAUCCCACGCAUGCGUAGUUCACUGUAGGGUUUGUGCUCCUAUGAGAAUCUAAUGCUGCCACUGAUCUGACAGGAGGUGGAGCUCAGGCGGUAACGCAAGCCGUGGGGAGCGGCUGUAAAUACAGAAGAAGCUUCUUUCCCUCACCUGCUGCUCACCUCCUGCUGUGCGGCCCGGUUCCUAACAGGCCAUGGUGUGGUAAUGGUCCGUGGCCUUGGGGUUGGGAACCCCUGGUUUAUGGUUACUGUGAAAUGGGGAAAGGAGAAAUUUGAAGGUGUAGAACUGAAUACUGAUGAACCUCCAAUGGUGUUCAAGGCUCAGCUUUUUGCACUGACUGGAGUCCAGCCGGCCAGACAGAAGGUUAUGGUGAAAGGAGGAACAUUGAAGGAUGAUGAUUGGGGAAACAUCAAAAUAAAAAAUGGAAUGACUUUACUAAUGAUGGGGUCAGCAGAUGCUCUUCCUGAGGAACCCUCAUCUAAAACUGUCUUCGUAGAAGACAUGACAGAAGAACAGUUAGCAUCUGCUAUGGAAUUACCAUGUGGAUUGACAAACCUUGGUAACACUUGUUACAUGAAUGCUACAGUUCAGUGUAUUCGUUCUGUACCUGAACUCAAAGAUGCCCUUAAAAGGUAUGCAGGUGCCUUGAGAGCUUCAGGGGAAAUGGCUUCAGCACAGUAUAUUACUGCAGCCCUUAGAGAUUUGUUUGAUUCCAUGGAUAAAACUUCUUCUAGUAUUCCACCUAUUAUUCUACUGCAGUUUUUGCACAUGGCUUUUCCACAGUUUGCAGAGAAGGGCGAACAAGGACAAUAUCUUCAACAGGAUGCUAAUGAAUGUUGGAUACAAAUGAUGCGAGUAUUGCAACAGAAAUUGGAAGCUAUAGAGGAUGAUACUGUUAAAGAGACAGAUUCUUCAUCUGUACCAGCAGUGACACCUUCUAAAAAGAAAAGUUUAAUUGAUCAGUUCUUCGGAGUUGAAUUUGAAACUACCAUGAAAUGUACAGAAUCUGAAGAAGAAGAAGUCAGUAAAGGAAAGGAAAGUCAGCUUCAGCUUAGCUGUUUUAUCAAUCAAGAAGUCAAGUAUCUUUUUACAGGACUUAAGUUGCGACUUCAGGAAGAAAUCACCAAACAGUCUCCAACAUUGCAAAGAAAUGCUUUGUACAUCAAAUCUUCCAAGAUCAGCCGGUUGCCUGCUUACUUGACUAUUCAGAUGGUUCGAUUUUUUUAUAAAGAGAAGGAAUCUGUGAAUGCCAAAGUUCUUAAGGAUGUUAAAUUUCCUCUUAUGUUGGAUGUGUACGAACUGUGUACACCAGAACUUCAAGAGAAAAUGAUUUCUUUUCGAUCAAAAUUCAAGGAUCUGGAAGAUAAAAAAGUAAAUCAUCAGCCAAAGACAAGUGACAAAAAGAGUAGUCCCCCAAAAGAAGUUAAGUAUGAACCCUUUUCUUUUGCUGAUGACAUUGGCUCCAAUAAUUGUGGAUACUAUGACUUACAAGCAGUGCUAACACAUCAGGGAAGAUCUAGCUCUUCAGGUCAUUAUGUAUCAUGGGUGAAAAGGAAACAAGAUGAAUGGAUUAAGUUUGAUGAUGAUAAGGUCAGCAUCGUGACACCAGAGGAUAUCUUGAGGCUUUCUGGUGGUGGAGACUGGCAUAUAGCUUAUGUUCUACUCUAUGGGCCUCGCAGAAUUGAAAUAAUGGAAGAGGAAAGUGAACAGUAAUCUUCAUUUUAGCUAUUUAUGCUUAGGUGUGAAAUAAAUGUUGUUUGUUGAUCAUUUCUAUAACCCAGAGCUUUAAAGGAAGAUUUUUAGGUGGUUUUACGUUUCCCCUCAUGUGGAACAAAAGAGGGCAGAAGCAGACCACUCUGUGUUAUCGACCUAAAAAAUAACAGAAAAGAGAAAAUUGCCUUUGGACUGUGCUGCCCUAUAUAAAAGUGACAGGAAGACAUUUUUAAAAAGCUUAUUUCUUGGAUUAAUUUUUAAAAAUUAUGAGUUGAAAUGCCUUUCAACCAUUACCUUCUGUGAUAAUUUUUCUUCCUGUCUUUUUCAGCCCAAGAUUCAGCAAUCAGAUGUUUAUUGCACACCUAUUACUCUAUUAUUUGUUGUUUUUGCAUGGUUCAAACCACCAGUGAUUCAGUAGCUGCCCAUCCUUUGCAUUAUCUAACAAAAAUUUUGCCAGGACGGUGGAAAGGAAGUUAAGUGUUGAUCUCAUUGUGUAACUCAGUGCUGCUGUCCCCAUCCCAUGGAAACAUGGGUACAAUCAAGUAUUUGUCCAGCCUGACUGUUGCUGGCUUCUCAUGACUUUAAAAUAAAUUGUGAUCAAUAAUAGUA